CGCCUUAGCUGCAGCCCCGGCUGGCUCCGGAGCCCGGCGGCCUUGCCGGGGCAGAGUCCGCCGGGAGGGCCGGGUGGGGUCCGCAGGCCGCGGCCCGCCCCGCAGGGCGUCCAGGAGCGGGGCCUUGGCUAGCCCGUCUCCCGGACGCAGCCAUGGCCGGCCCCGCGAGGUUGCAGCGUCUUUCCAGCGAGCCCACCUCGGACCCGAGCCUGGGGUCUUCUCCCUGAGGAGCGCCAUUUGCUUCCUCCACUGAAGUCUCAAUCCCCUCAAAGACUCAUGAGGGCUGGAAUCGAGUGUUUCCAAAAUACCAAAUGUUAUUCUGACCUCCUCCCGCAAAUCAUGAAUGUUCUGCAUGGCGUCUGUAAUGGCGACUCCUUUCCAGAAGGUUUUCAGCUGACUGCCCAGAUCGAUCAGAGGAAUCAUUGUCUAUGGCGAUUAUCUACAGCUUUGUGAAACAUAUUUCUUAAAUAAUGAGACUUGAAAGUUGGAGUGACUCCCAGCCACGGGCUGCAGAAUGCACGUUGUGUUGGCAUAAGAAGAACAUCAGUCUCCCUGUUCAUCUCUGUCAGAGCUCUUGGGUGACCAGGAGCAUUGUCAAUUUUCCAGCAAAAACUGAGAAACUGCUAGACAUUCUAAAACAGCUGUAGCAACCACUGUUAAUCUUUCUUUAAGAUUCUAAUGUAGGAACUGGUGAGAAGAAGGUGACUGAAGCCUGGAUUUCUGAGGAUGAAAUCACAUAGGAUGAUGUCAGAUAAACUCACAGUGAUGGAGCUCCCUUCUCCAGAGUCUGAGGAAGUCCAUGAGCCCAGAUUAGGGGAGCUUUUGGGAAAUCCAGAAGGUCAGAGCCUGGGGAGUUCCCCCUCUCAGGACAGGGGCUGCAAGCAGGUGACAGUGACCCAUUGGAAGAUCCAAACAGGAGAGACAGCUCAAGUGUGUGCCAAGUCAGGAAGAAACCCUAUUCUGAACUCAGACCUCCUUCAGCUUCAGAGAGAGCUCAUAGAGGCGGAUGCCAAUCCUUGCGAUAUCUGUGGCAAAACCUUCACGUUUAAUUCCGACCUAGUUAGGCAUCGGAUUUCGCAUGCUGGGGAGAAACCUUACAGGUGCAAUCAGUGUGGGAAAGGCUUUGGCCAGAGCUCACACCUUAUGGAGCAUCAGAGAAUUCACACUGGAGAGAGACUCUGCGUCUGUAACGUGUGUGGGAAAGACUUCAUUCACUAUGCAGGUCUCAUUGAGCAUCAGCGCGUUCAUUCAGGAGACAAGCCCUUCAAAUGCACACAGUGUGGGAAGGCGUUUUGUCACAGUUCAGACCUGAUUAGGCACCAGAGAGUUCACACCAGAGAGAGACCUUUUGAAUGCAAAGAGUGUGGAAAAGGCUUCAGUCAGAGCUCCUUACUUAUUCGUCAUCAGAGGAUUCACACGGGAGAAAGGCCCUAUGAGUGCAAUGAAUGUGGGAAAUCCUUCAUAAGGAGCUCGAGCCUCAUUCGGCACUAUCAGAUCCACACAGAAGUGAAACAGUAUGAAUGCAAAGAAUGUGGGAAGGCAUUCCGUCAUCGCUCAGACCUUAUCGAGCACCAGAGGAUCCACACCGGAGAGAGACCAUUUGAAUGCAAUGAGUGUGGGAAAGCCUUUAUUCGGAGCUCGAAGCUCAUUCAGCAUCAGAGGAUCCAUACUGGGGAGAGGCCUUACGUGUGCAACGAGUGUGGGAAGCGCUUCAGCCAGACGUCAAACUUCACCCAGCAUCAGAGAAUUCACACUGGAGAGAAACUCUAUGAAUGUAACGAGUGUGGGAAAGCUUUCUUUCUGAGUUCAUACCUUAUUCGACAUCAGAAAAUCCACACUGGAGAGAGAGUGUAUGAAUGUAAGGAAUGCGGGAAAGCGUUUCUCCAGAAAGCCCAUCUCACUGAGCACCAGAAGAUCCACUCUGGGGACAGGCCCUUCGAAUGUAAAGACUGUGGGAAAGCCUUCAUCCAGAGCUCCAAGCUGCUUCUGCACCAGAUCAUUCACACUGGAGAAAAGCCCUAUGCUUGCAGUUAUUGUGGGAAAGGCUUUAUUCAGAGGUCAAACUUCCUUCAGCACCAGAAAAUUCAUACUGAAGAGAAGCUCUAUGAAUGUAGUCAGUAUGGGAGAGAUUUUAACUCAACUACAAACUUUAAAAAUAAUCAAAGUGUUCACCAAGAGGGACUCUCCUUGAGUAAGGCCCCCAUACAUUUGGGCGAGAGGUCUGUCGAUCAGGGGCAACACAUAGAUAACUUAUAAAAUAAUUAUUCUCCCGCCCAAUGAGUGAUGUUUGGAAAUGCGUGGAAUUAGGAUUCAUGUGUUUCUAAGAUUUGGACAUGUCAGAAUUUUGUGAAUCAUGGAUGGAGCUGCUUUUGGAGUUGGAUGCCACCUGCCACUGUGCAGCACUAGCAGGCUCACCGUUCUCCUCAGCUGUGAGCACUGUCCUCGGGAGAGUCACAGGGCUUGACACCUGACUCUGAGCUGGAACAGUAGGGGCAGGGAGGAGACAGGUCUCAAGAAAAGGUUUUUUAAAAAUUUUAUCCACAGUUACAGUCCAUCCUUGAGUUAAAUCCCUUUUAGAGCAGAACUGUGUAUCUAAUCUUGUUACUUAGGAGAAUGUUACCUAGGAAAUUUUGAUCUAUUAAGUUGAAGAAAGAUAACUUGUAUACAAAUCCCCGAGCCAUUUCCCUGUUGUCUGGAGGAGGAACUCCGGGUCCCCCAUCCUGGGCCCUAAGGCCUCCUGUGUCCUGGAGCCUCGCCUCCCACUGCCUGACUUCCUACCACACAGUUAAUGCUGCAGCAACACCAACUGCUUCAUCUUCCCUGUGCUCCACAUGGCUUCCUACCUCUCUCGCCUUUGAUCUUGUUAAAGGGUCUCCUCAGCUAAUUGACUCCGAAUCAUGGUUCAAGACAUGCCUCAGGCCUCAUGUCAAGGGAUGUUUCCCUCAGGCCUAGUUGGCAGCGCUUUCCACACUUCUGUGGCUCAGUGAUUACUGCUAUUACUGUAUUUACUUGCAUAUGUCAGAAUGACUUGGUAGACUAUCUCUGCUGUUACACUCUGAGUUCCUGAGGACAGUGAUCAUAUCUGAUUGAUUUCCAUGUGUCCACUGUCUCACAAGGCAAUAAAAAAUACACCCCUAAAUCUAUGUGU